AUGUCCAUAGGAGAAUGUGUGAGCAGAAUGUGCUUUGCAGUGUUCCUAUCUCCAACAGACAGUCCAGUGGACCUUUUAGCUCUGGAAGCUGUCUUUGCCCUUCCUACCCUGUUUGAUGUGGCCCCUUUUCUAUAUUUAGCUGUGGAGAGUUUAUUUUGCCAGUCUUUGGAUCAUUUUCUGGGUUAUCUACAGUCAUUGGCUUCUGUCUGUGAGCUUGCCUGCAUCUACCUGGCACUCAUCCUGCAUGACAAGGAGGUGCUGGUCUCAGAGAAUAAGAUCAAUGCCCUUAUUAAAACAGCAGCAUAUGUAAAUGUUGAAACUUUCUGACUGGGUUUGUUUGUAAAGGCCUAGGCCAAUGCCAAUGUAGGGAGCCUUAUCUGCAAUGUAGGGGCUAGUGGACCCACCCCAGCAGUGGGUGCUGCACCAGCAGGAGUUUCUGCACCCUCCAUCACUGCUGUUGCAACUGAGAAUAAAGUAAAAGCAAAGAAAAAAGAAUUCAAGGAGUCUGAUGAUGACAUAGGCUUUGGUCUUUUUGAGUAA